CAACAACCUCUUCAAGCGAUUAUAUGUCCAUCAAUUCUGAAUGCAGACUUAUCGAAUUUAUCAGCCGAAUGCCAGCGAUUACUGAGUAAUGGUGCUGAUUAUCUGCAUUUAGAUGUGAUGGAUGGUCAUUUUGUUCCGAAUCUUAGCUUUGGUCAUCCAAUUGUUGAAUGUCUACGAAAGAACCUUGGCGAGGAACCGUUCUUUGAUGUUCACCUUAUGGUCACAGAUCCGGUACAGUGGUUGGCACCGAUGCAAAAGGCUGGCGCCAAUCAGUUCACAUUUCACUGGGAAGCGGUUCAUGCAAAAGGUGGCGAUAACGCGAUUGCUGAUGCGAUUAAAGCAGUCAAACAAGCUGGUUUGAAGGUUGGUCUAGCGAUAAAACCAAAAACACCUGUUGAAACUGUAUUGCAGUUCGCGAAUGAGAUCGAUAACGCACUUGUGAUGACUGUGGAACCAGGUCAAAAGUUUAUGGCUGAUAUGAUGCCAAAAGUGAGUAAAAUUCGUGAGCGUCACCCGUAUUUGAAUGUUCAAGUGGACGGUGGGGUGACCGUCGAGAAUGUGGAAAUAUGCGCGCAAGCUGGAGCGAAUUUAAUUGUUUCCGGCACCGGGGUCAUUAAAGUGGCUGAUCAAAAGAAAGCUAUCCUGCACAAAAAAGGUUCAGCUGGUGGAUUUGCUAGUUUCAAAUCUGAAUCUUGA